GUCCCUCCCGCCUCCUCCGGGGCCUCGGGCCCCGCUCCUCAUGUAGGAGAGAGGACCGAGGCCGGGGUGGAUGGUGCGAGGGGCGGGCGCGGAGGGAGUUUGAAGUUCGGGGCUUUCGCCGAGUCCCCCCCUCGCCGUUCCCGAGCGCAGCGGGGGAGGAAUGCCAAAUCCGGAGAGACAUGGGGGCAAGAAGGACGGCGGCGGGGGGUCCUCGCAGCCGGGCAGCGGGAGCUCCAACAGCAAGGAGAGGCACCGGGCGGGCUCCAGGCACAAGAGGCACAAGUCCAGGCACUCCAAGGAGUCCCCGCUGGCGGCCCAGGAAGCGGCGGCGCCCCUGGGAGCGGUGGUCAAGCCGCUGGCGGCCCAGGAAGCGGCGGCGCCCCUGGGAGCGGUGAUCAAGCCGCUGGUGGAGUACGAUGACAUCAGCUCGGACUCGGACACCUUCUCGGACGAUGUGGGCCUCAAGCUGGACAGGAGGGACAACGAGGAGAGGAGAGCGGAGAGGAGCGAGAGGGCCCAGAAGCACCGGCACCACCAGCACAAACGGCUCCGCGAGCUGAUGAAGAGCAAACAGGCGGAGAAGGACAGGAAGUUGGAAAAGAGCCUGGAUGCUUCCAGCAGGUCCGCCAAGGAGAGGUUAUCGGGAUCCUCCAAGAGGUUCCUGGAGAGCGAGGAGCACCCCAAGGCGCUGUCCUCCAAGAGCAGCAACAAGGAGUCGCGCUCGGCCAAGGCGCACAAGGAGAAAUCCAGGAAGGAGCGGGAGCUCAAGUCCAGCCACAAAGAGCGCAGCAAAAGCCAUCGGAAGAGGGACGCUCCCAAAAGUUACAAAACCAUCGACAGCCCCAAGAGGAAAUCCAGGAGCCCUCACAGGAAAUGGUCGGACAGCCCCAAACUGGACGACAGCCCCUCGGGAGCCUCCUACGUGCAGGAGUACGACCUCAGCCCGCCCCGCUCGCACACCUCCAGCACCUACGAUCCCUACAGGAAAAGCCCCGGCGGCUCCUCACGCCGCCAGUCCCUCAGCCCGCCCUACAAGGAGCCCGUGGGCUACCAGUCCAACGCCCGCUCGCCCAGCCCCUACAGCCGGCGGCAGCGAUCCGUCAGCCCCUACAGCCGGAGGCGCUCGUCCAGCUACGAGCGGGGGGGGUACAGCGGGAGGUCCCCGAGCCCCUACGGCCGCCGCCGCUCCAGCAGCCCCUUCGCCUCCAAGCGUUCCGUGAGCCGCAGCCCCAUCGCCAGGAAAUCCGUCAAGUCCCGGAGCCGCAGCCCUGGUUACUCCAGACACUCAUCUCACAGCAAAAAGCAGAGGUCUGGCUCCCGCAGCCGCCAUUCCAGCAUCUCCCCCAGCAGGCUGCCCCUCAACUCCAGCCUGGGAGCAGAGCUCAGCAGGAAGAAGAAGGAGCGAGCGGCCGCCGCAGCCGCUGCGGCCAAGGUGGACGGCAAGGAGGCCAAAGGCUCCCCUGUUUUCCUGGCUAGGAAGGAGAACAGCUUGGCUGAACUGAAAGAGGCUGGGACAGAGUCUAAAAAGGUCACCAAAACUGUUAAAUGUGAGAAAGCUCUGGAUACAGACUCGGUUAAUUUGCUGUACACAAACACGGAGCCUAAAGCCCCUGCAGAGACAACGAAGUCCAAGGCGGAGGAGAACUCGGAGAGGAAACAUCCUGUUCCAGUUAGGGAUUCCAAACCCACGGGAACAAAAGACUCGAAGCCUGUAGCAGUGGCAGAGGACCUGGUAUCUCCAAAGGAGACAGACACAGCAGAGAAGGAGAUUCCACCCCCUCUCCCAGCCAUCAAAUCCCCCCCUCCACCUCUGCCCAGCAGCACCCCUCCGCCUCCCACGCCGCCGCUGCCGCCGCUGCCUCCAUCCCCUGCCGCCCCACCUCUGCCUCCAGCCCCAGCCACUCCUGUGCAGCUCCCUCCUCCAGCCCCAACGCCUUUGCCAUCUUCUUCCCACCCAAGGACGUCUACUUUAUCCUCUCAGGUGAACUCCCAGUCCUCUGUGCAGGUGGCUACAAAAACCCAAGUGUCUGUGACGGCUGCUAUCCCACACCUGAAAACUUCCACCCUGCCUCCGCUUCCGCUCCCCCCUAUUUUAGUUGGGGAAGAUGACUUGGAUAGUCCAAAAGAGAUUCUUCCUCCAAAACCUGUGAAGAAGGACAGAGAGCAGAGACCACGACACUUACUCACGGACCUCCCGCUCCCCCCAGAGCUCCCUGGGGGGGACCCAUCUCCUCCUGACUCCCCAGAACCAAAGGCAGCCACACCACCUCAGCAACCCUUCAAAAAGAGACCAAAAAUCUGUUGUCCUCGCUACGGGGAGAGGAGGCAGACAGAGAGCGACUGGGGCAAGCGCUGCGUGGACAAGUUCGACAUCAUCGGCAUCAUCGGGGAGGGCACCUACGGGCAGGUCUACAAAGCCAAGGACAAGGACACAGGUGAGCUGGUGGCUCUGAAGAAGGUGCGCCUGGACAAUGAGAAGGAAGGAUUCCCCAUCACCGCCAUCCGCGAGAUCAAAAUCCUGCGGCAGCUCAUCCACCGCAGCGUGGUCAACAUGAAGGAGAUCGUCACAGACAAACAAGAUGCACUGGAUUUCAAGAAGGACAAAGGUGCCUUUUACCUUGUGUUUGAGUACAUGGACCAUGACCUAAUGGGGCUGCUAGAAUCUGGCUUGGUACAUUUCUCAGAGGACCAUAUCAAGUCUUUCAUGAAACAGUUAAUGGAAGGUCUGGAUUACUGUCACAAAAAGAAUUUCCUUCAUCGAGACAUCAAGUGCUCCAACAUCUUACUGAACAACAGUGGGCAGAUCAAACUUGCAGAUUUUGGGCUCGCCCGACUCUACAGCUCAGAGGAGAGCCGUCCCUACACCAACAAAGUGAUCACCUUGUGGUACCGACCCCCAGAACUGCUGCUCGGGGAGGAGCGUUACACCCCUGCCAUCGACGUGUGGAGCUGUGGCUGUAUCCUCGGGGAACUGUUUACAAAGAAGCCUAUUUUUCAAGCCAAUCUGGAACUGGCUCAGCUUGAAUUAAUCAGCCGGCUCUGUGGGAGCCCCUGCCCAGCAGUGUGGCCAGAUGUCAUCAAGCUGCCCUACUUCAACACUAUGAAGCCCAAGAAGCAAUACCGGCGGCGCCUGCGCGAGGAGUUCUCCUUCAUCCCCUCCUCUGCCCUGGACCUGCUGGACCACAUGCUGACCCUGGACCCUGGCAAACGCUGCACAGCAGAGCAGGCCCUGCACAGUGACUUCCUGAAGGACGUUGACCUCAGCAAAAUGGCACCUCCAGACCUCCCCCACUGGCAGGAUUGCCACGAGCUGUGGAGCAAGAAGCGGCGGCGGCAGCGGCAGAGCGGGGUGGCCAUGGAGGAGCCUCCGCUAUCAAAAGUUUCUCGGAAAGAAACUACCUCUGUUACAAGCACAGACACUGUGAAAAACAACAGCAGUCCUGUGCCCCCCCAGCCUGCCCAGCUCAAAGCAGAACCUGGUGCUGCAGAUGCAGUAGGCCUGGGCGACAUCACGCAGCAGCUGAACCAGAGUGAGCUGGCCGUGCUGCUGAACCUGCUGCAGAGCCAGACCGACCUGAGUGUGCCACAGAUGGCCCAGCUGCUCAACGUCCACUCCAACCCCGAGAUGCAGCAGCAGCUGGAGGCUCUCAACCAGUCCAUCACAGCCCUGACCGAGGCCACGGCGCAGCAGCAGCAGCAGCACGAGCCGGCGGCCGAGGAAACAGUGGAGGAGCCGCCUGCUGUAGAGGUGAUGGAGGAGCAGCAGACUCCAGAGGCAGCCAGCGCUCAGGGAGACAUGCAGAAUGUGCUGGCAGUUCUGCUGAGUCAGCUGAUGAAGAGCCAGGAGCCUGGGAUCACCCUGGAGGAGAGCAACGGGGAGAAGAGUAACGAGCAGCGGGCGCCCAGGAAAACCCCGACGAGGCAUCCCGAGGAGAGCACAGCGUGUCCUCCUGGCAUUGUCCCAGCAGAGAAGAGACCCCCCGAGCCCCCCGGACCGCCGCCGCCUCCUCCCGUGCCCGCAGGGGAUCUGUCCGGCGCAGCCCAGGAGCUGAACCCGGCCGUGACGGCUGCGCUGCUGCAGCUCCUUUCCCAGCCCGACCCCGGAGCCGCGGACUUCAUCCAGCCCGGCAGGACUUACAGCAGCGACAGCUCCGAGGGGGGGUUCGGCCCCGAGGAGCUCAACCCCAGCCAGACUCUGCUAGAACCUUCUGCACAAGCCUUGGGGAAAAGCAGGACCUUCAUGGGCUCCGUGAGCCACCUCGGGGAGAGCAGCAGCUACCAGGGCACGGGCUCGCUGCAGUUCCCGGGGGACCAGGACCUGCGCUUCGCCAGAGUCCCCGGCAGCAUCCAGCAGCCCUUCGGCAAACCCGAGGGCGGCAGCAGCAACAGCAACAACAUCCUGCUACACCCCGAGGCCAAAGUGCAGAGUUACGGCGAGUUGGGGCUGGGAACGGGCGCUCCCAGCGGGGCGGGAGCAGGGACAGCUCCCAGCUGGGGUGCCCCAACCCAGGCACCGCCUUCCUACGGGAAAUUCCGAGGGCCUGGCCGAGUGCCUCCGCGGGGGGGGCGGGGCAGGGGGGUUCCCUACUGACAUUCCUGGGAUCCCCCCUUGCCUUUCCUCCUUUAGCCACAGGACUUGAUUGGUUUUUUUUUUUUGGUUUUUUUUUUUUGGUUUUUUUUCUGGCCAGAGCAAGGUCUCAUCCGCAUUUCAGCUGCUGCAGAGCUCCCUGAGCAUCCCUCCCUCACCCAUGCUUGGUUAGUGACAAAAAUAAUUCCAACCCUGCAGCAAACUGAGCCAGAAGAGGGGGGGGGAUUGAUGGAUUGAUGAAAAAGUAGGAAUGGAAGGAAGAAGAAAUUUAAAAAAUGUUCUUUCCCCAAACUGAGCACUGGAGUUUGCCGGUGGGUCAGGGAGGGCUGGGGGGAGGCUGCUUCCCAAAGCGUUUUUUUUUUGUUGUUGUCUUGUUUGUUUUCCCCAUUUCCUUAAGGAAAAAAUAAAUGAAAAGGGGAAUUUAUUGAUGCAGAGGCACCUGGAUGGGUUAUCCCAGCAGUGGGGACCUGCAAUGUGACACUGGUUGUGUUCAAUUUAUCCAUUGUUGCUUCCUUUCCAUAAAGCGUCCAGUUUUCCCUCUGCUCCCCUGUGACAGCAGCCUUAUACAUUGAUUUUUGGGAAGGGUCUCUGGGUGUUGGAUCCCUCCUGCUGUAACUUGGCAGUAGGAAUUGUCUUUUUCUUUUUUUUUGUCUUAUUUUUUUAAUUUUUUUUUUAAGAGCCGAGGAGAACACCUCCCUGAUAAAACAGGGAUUUCUGUCAUUUGUAACUUCCAGAACACUUCAAGAAUUAAAAAAGGAAACAAAAAAUCCCAACAUCUGGUGGGAUUUGCCACCAGAUGGGAGUGAUUUGUCCCCAGAAUCCUGGGCUGGUGCUGCCGAGGUCGGUCGCAUCUCAGCCCUCUGAGGUUUUCCAGGUGUUCCUGUGUCAUUUCCAUGAGCAUAUUUCUAUUUUUGUUGUUGUCAAGGAAGUAUUUACGAUGGAUUUUCUCCUCCCACAGACCCUUGCGCUGUUCAUUUCAAUGAGACUUAAAAAGAGAUGAAUAAAACAAAGGUACCUAUUUAUCAGCUUUUUUUUUUUUUUCCCUUAGUAGGCCUUUCCUAUGGAAAACAUUUAAUUUUAGAGCCGACAGUUCUGGAGUGUUAAAGGGAAGGGGAAUUUUGGGUUGGGCUGAGAGACCUUCUUGCUACUAACAGGAUUUAAUUUCUUUUUUUAUACAGAGAGAUAAAUUUAAAUAAAUGCACCUGAAUAGGUGAUGCUUCUCCACCUGGGGAGAUCUUGCCUUACCCAGCUUUGCCGUGGGAGGAAGGAAGGGAGAGAAAUUAAAUACAUAGAUCUAUUUUUUAUUUUUAUUUGCUGGUGAUGUGCAGGGACUGCUGGUUCCCAGCGCUGAGGAAUGAUGCUGUUUGCAAAAUUCCCACUGGAAAUUUGUAGGGUUUAGCGUUUUUUUUU